AUGGCCAACACGGAGCGCACCUUCAUCGCCAUCAAGCCGGACGGCGUGCAGCGCGGCCUGGUGGGCGACAUCGUCAAGCGCUUCGAGCAGAAGGGCUUCCGCCUCGUGGCCAUGAAGUUCCUGCGGGCCUCCGAGGAGCUCCUGAAGCAGCACUACAUCGACCUGAAGGACCGCCCCUUCUACCCGGGGCUGGUGAAGUACAUGAACUCGGGGCCUGUGGUGGCCAUGGUCUGGGAAGGGCUGAAUGUGGUGAAGACAGGGAGACUGAUGCUUGGGGAGACCAAUCCAGCCGAUUCUAAGCCAGGCACCAUUCGUGGAGACUUUUGCAUUCAAGUUGGCAGGAACAUCAUUCACGGCAGCGACUCGGUAAAAAGUGCCGAGAGAGAAAUCGGCCUGUGGUUUAAGCCUGAAGAGCUGGUUGACUACAAGUCUUGUGCUUUUGACUGGAUCUAUGAGUAA